GUGUACAUGCGUGGAUAAACACACACAAAAACACACGCGCGCACACACACACUCCGACGCGUGCUUAGUGCAGGAAUCACUAACAUAGCGACACACAGAAGGGCAAACGCAUGACGACAGCAACCUAACGCCGUUGUCUCUCUUUCUCUCUCACACACACACGCAUAAACCGUCUCUCUCUCUUUUUCACACACACUCACGCCUCUCAGACGCACAAGCCAGCGCACAAGCCAGCGAACAGGACGGCGCUGGACAUAUCAUUCAUAUAGGGAAUAGAUCGGAGGAAAAGGAUUAACUAUCUCCAUCCCUCUCUCUCUACAGACCUCAUCCUCUCUUCCCUCCGCUUGUGUCUCUAAGCCUCUAUUCACCUCGUUUUUUUUCUACACAAUCCCUCCUUAUUCACAAUUUAUUGGUGGAUUGAAGGGAAGCUGGAGGGAUUGUCCCUAUACAGAAACAAGGAUUAUUCUUGCAUUAUUCACUUGACUGGGAUCUUGAAUGUAUGGAUUUCUUUAACUGAAGGGGGGUAACAGUUUUUCUUUUUUUACAUUUAUUUUUGGAAAUCUUUUUUCCGAGGAUGACUGAUGGCAGAAAGCUAUAAGGCUGGUGCUGUCUGAGAUAUCUUGUCAAAAGGUGUUUUGGUGUAGCUUUUUGCAGUCGCCGCCCUAGUGGAGGCUGCAGGCAUGGCGGCUUGACGCCCCCAUAGCCCCGCCCCUCCGACAGAGGAAGUCAUGCCCCCCCACACCCACCCUCCUGGGGGCAUACGCCUGUCCCCAUCCAGCUCUUCCACCCACCACCUGGCAAGACCUGUCUUCCUCUGUGUCCUCUGCCUCCUGGCGACGCUGCUGCCGGCAGCCUCCUCUUGCCCUCCUCCCUGUCUCUGCGACUCAGGCGGCCUGGUGGUGGACUGCGGAGGCCGGGGUCUCUCCUCCCUGCCUCCCCUUCACCUCCUGCCUCCGGGGUGCCGCUCCCUCCUGCUGGCCAACAACAAGCUUGCCUUGCUGGGAGCCUCUGCCUUCGCUAACCUCUCCUCGCUGGAGGAGCUGGACCUCUCUAAUAACUACCUGGAUAAUCUACCAGCUGGAUUAUUCAGGGACAUGUCCAACCUGACGAGACUGACUCUGCACAACAACUCACUAACAGUAAUGGACAGAGAGCUCUUCCAGGGCUUGGGGGGUCUUCAGAGUCUGGAUCUGUCCCUGAAUGGUCUGUCCUCUGUUCCUCUGGGGCUAUUGGAUGAGCUGCAGAGCCUCAGGUGGCUGUCUCUAGCGGGUAACAGGCUUCAUGGUUUGGAGAGGGCAGCGUUUGAGCCACUUGCCAACCUACAACACCUGGAACUGGGACACAACCCCUGGGAAUGUGACUGCAACCUCCGCGAUUUUAAACACUGGAUGGAGUGGCUGCUGUACAGAGGGGGGAAAGUGGACGCGGUGGAGUGCACGCUACCGAAGGAUCUGCGUGGGAGAGACAUCCGUGGCGUGCCGGUGGAAAUGUUCAACUACUGCCUCCAACUUGAAGAUGAGAACGGGGGAGGAGGUGAGGCUUCCCGUUCCGGACAAGGAGGCGUUCCUCCGUGCAGCAAGAACGCUCUUAACCCCAGUGGGGCAACACCAAUUUCUGACAACAGCAACACUGCUGAUGACUCCUCUUCAAACACGGGAGGUGGAGGCGGAGGCGGAGAGGCCCCGUCGGAAUGUGUUCGCGCCCGUUACCGUCCUGUGAGCGUGCGCCGCGCCAUCGGCACAGUGGUGAUUGCUGGCGUGGUGUGCGGCAUCGUUUGCAUCAUGAUGGUUGCAGCCGCGGCUUACGGCUGCAUCUACGCCUCGCUGAUGGCCAAGUACCAGAGAGAGCUAAAGAAGAGGCAGCCACUGAUGGGAGACGGAGAGGGAGACGGGGAUGAGGAGAAACAGAUCUCCUCUGUAGCCUAGAGGAGUGACGGGACGGGGGAGGGUUGGCAUCUCAAAGGGGGAAAGUUGGAAAGGCGAAAAUGAAAAAAGGGCUUAAAGAGGAGAGAGAGAUGGAAUCUGCCUCUGACUCUCAAACUGACACCUUUCUCCCACUUUCUGUCUUCCUUUCUUUGUCCUCUUUCUAUUUUAACCAGCUCCCUCUCUGUCCCUCUCUCACAAACACAUACCUUAUCUGUUCCCUGAAUGUAUUGUACCGUUUGGAGCCAUUCUUACUUCAGUAGCCUAUUUGUUACCAAUCAUCCCUCCAACUCGCCUACCAACCACCUACUGCUGCUUUUGGCCACUGAUGAAUUUACCAUUUUAUUGGCUGAGAGAAAAACUAUUUUGCAAUGUCUUUAGUAUGAGACAUAUAAUUUAAGAUGUUACAAAACACUCUCGAAUUGGAUCGAAUUUUCAGGGAUUUACAGUGUGUAUGGUUUCGAUUGGAUCAAUAUUCACAAUGAGAAGAAGUUUUAGUAAGAGGUAAUGCCCAGUUUUUGUUUGCAUCUUUCUCCUCAACCAAUGCCAGUAGUUCCUCAAAGAAACCAGGACCCCAGUCCAGAUCCCUCCACCCUCGUCUGGCCUAAUACUCCUCUGACUCUCUCUCUCUGAAGUCCCAAAGAAACAGCCAGUGUUGGAAAGCUUGUAGGAAAUGAGGGAAACUUAAUAUAUAAACACAAAGAGAUGUCAUUUAUAUAGUCCACACUCUCUAUCACUUUGUUGCAGAGAGAACACUGGGGAUACAGAUUG